AUGCCCGAUCAUGGGAAAUAUUCAUUGGAGGAGUUCGCCGAUCGAUUAGCAGCAGUAGAGGAGAAAUUCGCCUACGAGCUCCAGGAUGUCAUCGAAUGUUUUACACAGUCCAGAACAGAGCUCUCAGCGAAGAAACUUGACGAGAUUGGAAAGGUUCGAUUGAAAGCGGUGAAACAUUUGAAAAAGUUAGACAAAAAGAAGACUGAUGCGUUGAAACUGUGGAAAAUCUGUAAUAUUUACUCGGUUUGCGCCGUGGAUACGGAUAAUGCAAUGCGAGAAGUGAGGAAAUCAUUGAGAAAGAUUAUCGCUAAAGAAGAAAAAGAGAAAGCGAAUAAAGAGUUUCAAUUGACUGUCAAUGGGAAUCAGUACACUCCAAUGCGCCGACUGGGAGACGAUUAUCGGCCACGACCACAAAGUUUUCUCAAGGUUUUGACGAAUCGAGGAAGAAGUCCAGCUAAAGAAAAAAUCCUUCCACCAGAACGUCCACUUCCACCAACCUCAAUCCAACUCCGACCCGAUGACGGUUUUCAAGACUCAGAAAUCUAUGACAAGCAUAAACCAACGGCUGAAGAAGCUCAAAGAGUUUUGAAAGUUUUGCGAACUUCAAUAGACGAAGAACAAGAAGGAUCGGCCACAAAGAAAUCUCCAAGCGCACUCCCCUCAAAGCCACACGUUCCCUCAAAACCCCCAUUGGAUUCAAGAAGUGUUCAUGGACCGAAACCUCAACCAUCACCCAGAGCAAGAGAAAAUCCCCAUGGACAAUAUACAAAAACGAUGCCGGCUCCACCACCGCCAAGUCUUCCACAAGCCUCUCAUAUAAUUCAUCCGAUUCCCGAUGAGCCCAUCAAAGUCCUCUAUCCUCAUUCAAGGUCGGAUUAUGGAGUUGAAGAAAAGGCGCGAUCACGCAAGAACACUCUCGAGAGUUCGGUGAAAGGUCAAGGCACAACGAAGACAUCAAAUGAUCAACAACCGAUUGCACAAAAGAGAUCUUCUGUUAAAAAGGCUCAUGAUCCAAGAGAAACUGAACCAAAACCCAAAUCGGUGUCCUGUUCAAUCGAUCCACCCAAUCACACGAUGCAAACUGCACCGUCUCAGAUCAUUCCGAGAGAACCACCGAGUUUUGCGGAUAAAAUGAAUGGGAUAACGAGGCCAAUUGUGGCCCCCCGAAAACCCCAAAUGAUGAUCGGUGAGAGCACCCCGGGUCGGCCAAUGUUGAGAGCGACGAUCGUGAACCAAGAAGAUCAACAAGAUACAUCAAAUGGUCAUUUAAAGCCUCUCCUCCAGCGUCUUAGCCAAACCACAGGACCUGAGGUGAUCAAAUUU